UAAUUAUAGUACACACAUGGGCGGAAGAGAGUUCAUAUCCCCAGACAGCGAGCAAGUGCGCAUCUCUGUAUGGGAUCCGCUCCAGAAACCGAAAGUUUCCCUGAAUCCAGAUUUCCAGGAGUUUGCGAGAGGGGACAGCGUUGAGAUCUCUUGUUCUGGGAAUUAUCCCGGCAGCAAUUUCUCUUUACACAGAGACGGCGAGCUUCUCGCAUCACAACCGGUUCCAGAGAAUAACAAAACAGCAACAUUCACCUCAUCGGAGAUCAGUGCAGGAAACUACACCUGUAAAUAUACUAAAGUAAUAGACGGCCGAGAGUUCACAUCACCAGAGAGCGAAGCAGCGGGAAUCUCUGUGAUAGAUCCGCUCCAGAAACCCAACAUUUCCCUGAAGCCGGAUACCCAGGUGUUUGCCAGAGGAGAACGCGCUGAGAUUUCGUGCACUGGGAAUUAUCCUGGUAGCAAUUUCACUUUAUACAGAAACGGCGAGUUUAUCAUAUCACAAACAGCAACAGAGAAUACAUACACGGCCACUUUUACCCCAUCGGAGAUCACAGCAGGAAAUUACACGUGCAUAUAUGCUACAUAUACUGACAGACGACAGUUCACAUCACCAGAGAGCGAGAGAUUAGGAAUACCUGUGCGUGUAAACUUGACCUGGCUGCACAUUGAAGGACUGGUUGCGGGUGUUGUCACGGCGAUAGUGAUAACCGUUUUUAUCCUGGGAUUCUGUGCUAAUAAGAGACGUAAACAGAAAAGUCAAAGAGAGGAAAGGAAUGCAACCACAGGAGGCGACCCACAAAACGACGUCACAUGUGAGUAAUAGUUGUCCUUGGUUU